UUUCUUGUGGCGAGGAAUGCAAGUGACAUCACGCAUGCGCAUGUAACUGUGGUCUGCCAGCUCGCGCAACGAGCAUAGGUCAUUACCUGAGGUCGCGCUGUGAGGUGAGGUGAGACGACUGCGGUGGAAGUUUGUUAAAACAUUGCACAAAGUCCUCCAGCUGAUUGCCAACGUAUCCCAACCAAAACUGGUACCUAACUCGCCGAUUUCAUGGACAGUUUUUUAAUAGCCAGAGAAUAACGUUUUCGAUUUGGAGCAACAUCGUUCAAAGUUCAAAACAAUUCUUCCAAUCAAUUUGAGAAUCUUAUACCUUCCAAGAAGACUUUAUUUUUGUUUGGGAUUAAUUCGUCAAUAUGGAGGUAGGCGGAUCAAAGUCGUCGUUGACAUCAACAAAAGCAUCGUCAGCCCAGGGAUGUGGUGGUAUCAGCAGUAAGCGGCUCAUGUGGGGAGCUGUGGUAGGCGUGGUCGUCUUGGCAGUAGUCAUCGGAGUUGCCGUGGGGGUGCCUCUGUCUCAAUCCAAAAACAAACGACAGGCGGACGCCACACCCUUGGAUAGGGCUAAACGAGUUCUGGGACAAUAUCCAUUGAUUGAUGGACACAACGACCUGUCAUGGCAGUACCGGAAAUACGCCCAAAACAAAGUGUACCAGGUGAACCUGAACAUGGACUUGGCGCUCACGUGGAACACCACCCACACGGACAUCAAGAGGAUACGGGACGGGAAGCUGGGGGCGCAGUUUUGGGCCAUCUUUGCUCUGUGCGACUCUCAGUCCAAAGACGCAGUGAGACAGUUUCUGGACCAGACUGACACAAUCAAGAAGUUCGUGGGAAAAUAUCCGGAGACCUUCAAGUUUGUCACGACUGCAGAUGGGAUCUUGGAAGCCUUCAAUGACGGGAAGGUCGCAAGUCUACUUGGGUUGGAGGGAGGUCAUGCCAUCGACAGCAGUCUCGGUAAUCUGCGCAUGUUCUAUGACCUCGGGGUCAGAUAUAUGACCGUCACACACAGCUGCAACACACCAUGGGCCGACAACUGGAUGGUGGACAUUGACAAGACCCCUGAACAUAACGGCCUGACAGACUUCGGCAAGACCGUGAUCCGUGAGAUGAACCGCUUGGGGAUGCUCGUCGACCUCUCCCACGUGUCCCGCAAAACCAUGAUUGACGCACUGUCGGUGACGGACGCUCCCGUCAUUUACAGUCACUCCUCCGCCUUCGCCAUCUGCAACCACUACCGCAACGUCCAGGACGACGUCUUGAACCUCACGAAAAUUAAUGAAGGUGUGGUGAUGGUGAAUUUCUACGAUUUGUACAUCAACUGUUUCCCGAACAACCAGAGCGUUGCGACUUUGGCUCAGGUGGCAGACCACAUUGACUACAUCAAGAACCUGAUUGGCGUCGACUAUGUUGGAAUAGGCGCUGAUUAUGAUGGAGUCCCUACGUUACCGCAGGGCUUAGAAGAUGUUUCCACCUAUCCUAAACUGUUUGAGGAACUUAUAAAUCGGGGCUGGACCGACCUUGAACUUGAGAAGCUGGCUGGACGGAAUCUCAUUCGUGUUUUCAAAGCUGCCGAGAAGGUGAAAAUGAACCAGGCCAACCUUCCGCCAUAUGAAGAUGUCAUCCCGUAUGAAGCCAUCAACGGUAGCUGCCGGACCGGCUUUUAAAUCAACGACAACGAAUUGAGAAAUCCAGUGUCGGGACACAACAAGACUUUCAAUUAUA